CUCACCACUCCACGACCACAAUGUCCUCCUUCUUCAGCAGGUCGUCGAAGAAGUCGAGCAAGAGCGCGGCGUCGAGCGCAGCGCCCAGCGUAGCCUCGAGCGCGGCGGCGCCAAGCAUCGCCCCGAGUGCCGCGAGCACCGCGGCGGCGAGCGACGCCGGAGCGAGCGUGCGCACGAUCGGCCCCCCAACAUCGUCGAUUAUCGCGGUCGCUCCCGCGUCGAGUGUGAUCCCCGAGCGCAACUACACGGAGGAGGAGCUGGGCAAGAUCACCCAGCUGCGCGAGUAUACUUCGACGCUGCAGCUGCCCCCGUCCGACGCCUACGCGCCCUGGGAGGCGCGCUUCCUCGCCGAUCCCGCCGUGCACGCGCGAUACAUGCGCGCGGCGAAAUGGCACGUCGAGGACGCGAAGAAGCGGAUCAAGGCGACGGUCGAGUGGCGGCGCGAGUUCCAGCCCGACUUGAUCGAGCCGGGCGAGAUUGAGGUCGAGCAGGAGACGGGCAAGCUCGUCAUCUCCGGGUUCGACCGGAACGGCCGCCCGCUCAUGUACAUGCGUCCCGGGCGGCAGAACACCAAGGAGACGCCGCGCCAGCUGCGCUACACGGUGUACUUUUUGGAGCGCUGCAUCGACCUCAUGCCUGCUGGGCAGGAGAGCGUCACCCUCGUGAUCGACUAUGCGUCGAUUUCGUUCUCCCAACGCACGUCGCCGCGCAUGGCGAUGGACGUGCUGCAUGUGCUGCAGAACCACUAUGUCGAGCGCCUCGGCCGCGCGCUGCUCGUCAACGUCCCGUGGUUCUUCUCGGCCUUCUUCACCGCCGUCUCGCCCUUCAUCGACCCCGUGUCAAGGGACAAGAUCCGCUUCAACCCCGCCAUUCUCGAGCUCAUCGAGCCCGACCAGCUCGAGAGCGACUACGGCGGCACCGUCAACUUUGUCUACGAGCACGGCGUGUACUGGAAGGAGCUGAGCGACUUCUGCCGCAUCGCGCCAGACGGCAAGCGCCUCGACCCCACCGGCAAGCCGUGGGUCCCGCCCACCGGGCUGGGGAUCAAGCAUGCCGUCGACGAGUUUGUCGCGGACGAGGAGGCGACGCUCGCCGAGGGCGGCGUGGACGAGGCCGACGUGGCCACGCCCAAGGCUGUGGCCGCGGCGCUGCCCUCCAUCGAGGGUGUUGUCGGCGUCGCGGCGUAGCGCGCGGCGGCGGCGGCGGCGCCACCACACACUCCAUAGAGCCUCCUUUCUCUUCUUCCCCUUCUCGGCGUCACGACCUCACGACCUCCCUGUACAUAGACACUAGACUUCAUGCA